GUCAAUAUUAAUGCUUUAGUAUUUGUAUAGGCUCUGAGAGUCAUCCAGUUGUAGACUAUGUGACAAUGAUUAUUAAACUCACAGCAAGAGUCAUCAAGUAUAACUGGUCUGUUUCAUUCAACAUUGGCCCACUGCUAUCUAAUGUGUAUAGCGUGUUACACAAGUUUUCUGGCUUAUUGCAUCCACCAGUAUUUCUCAUAGCCGAAUGUAUCAAUUGCUUGGCAGUGAUGGCAGAGAAUCAAGCAGAAGAAGUUUGGAGACAGUUAGCUCAGACUGGAUUUCUACCACAAUUAAUCGGAUCACCACAAAAUCUACAGAUAUCUCCCAGUCAUUAUUGCAAUAUUCUAAAUGUCUGGGAGAGAGCUCAUGGCUGCUAUGCUGUGACACUAGCAAUGAUGAGACUCCUACACAGCAGUCUAUCCUCCUCUGAUACCAUAUCUGAGUACAUGCUGGCCACUAUUGUGUACAUUAUGCAGGCUGUGUUUCUAACCAGUCAGAACUGGAGGUAUAAUAGCCAGAAGGACAGAGAAGAGUUCUGUCAUCUCAUAUUGAAGCUUUGUCUUAAGGUAUUGGAGACUACUGCCAAUAAAGCUAGUGACAGUAUUCAUACUAUGCUACAUGAUUUCACUGUUGAUUUGCUGUUAACAUCAUCCGGACAUGUACUGAUAAUCAAUGUACUUGGUAUGGGAGUCAGCACUGUUAAUAAACUGAUGGCAUCAUCUCACAAUUGGUGUCAGACUUCAGUACCAAUUGAGUCUUUAAAGAUAUCAUUCAAAAUCACCGAUCUCUUAUUGCAAUGCAAGAAAACUGAAUCAGUGACACCAUUGGAGGAGGCCUUAGCUACAAGGACAGUUGGUCAUUCGUUCUUUUCAGCCUCCACUCCUCAACACAUUGUGACUAGACUGGCUUCAUACAUAUACCAUCAUGAUGACAACACUGUACCCAUAUCAGCCAUCCAACUACUAACAAGACUAGCAUCUGUAGCUCCAAUGUCAAUGUUCUCAUGUCUUGGUCAAGAGGCUCUUGCUCUGAGAGAUAAUUUUGUUACUCGACUAUCAGCAAGGACUGAAACUAAUAACCUGAGGAUUGCUAUACUUAAUCUGAUAUCAGUAUCAAUGGGGACGCAGCCAGGACUACUGGAGUUGUUCCUAUCGUUGAGCCUACGCAGGAAGAAUGACUCAACCAGUCAGAAGAAAGAAAUGAUAAGACCUGAUAGCUGCCUCUAUCCUGUUCUGAAUAUGAUUGAUCCUAAGCACCAG